AUGCUCGAGAACCUCCCACUCCCAACUGAGUUCCAUGGGCAUAUUGAAUGGGGCACCCCGGAGGGAUCGCCUCCAGUGUCGGAACUGGCGUCCAGUUCUCACACGAGAGAGGGCGGACAAGGGGGCCCCGGCUUAGCGGCCAGGCCUCCGUCGGUCCGAUCGCUCGUUAGCAGAAUCUCGGCUAUAACCCGCAAGAACAAGGAGGGGGCCGAACGCCAACAGGAUAAGCUCCGCGAGGCCCAGCGAGAAGUAGAGCAAACCAAAAAAGAGAACGCCAUGCUCAAGCAGCAGCUCGAGGACGCAAGGGAACAGGUGUAUCUAACCCGGACGAGUUCAUUGCCGAGGCACCCAGCCGCGGCCGAGACUUCACACAGCAGCCUAUCGCCUUCCCCAUCGGCCGGCUGAUCAAUAACAACACAAAGCUGUGGGAGUGUCAAGGCGAAAGCCAUAACAGCUCCGUGGCCUCCUUCUCAGACGCCUCAACUGUGCCGGGCAGGUUCCUCCGCCGUACUGUGUCCUUACGGCAGCUAUUGAACCACUACGAGUUGGAGCAUCAAAGAUACCAACAAAUAACGAACCCUUACGUAUUCAAAUGCUCUCGUUGCCAAUUUCUUAGCCGAGAUGCCAAUCUGCACCAGUGCCCAAACUGCAGAUUGACCAUGGCCAGCGGCAAUCUUUCAUGGGAGUGGUGGUAUUACGGAUCCAUGGGUAUCAUAACCAGGAUCGAGUGGACCAUUUAAACCGUAAAGAGUUGGCGUUGGAGGCAGAUACUACGACUUCUGCGAGCACCUGGGGUCAUCAUUACGACGACGACUUCGCCUCAAGGAUCAUUAGAGGGAUCCCGCGGGAAAACCUCCCUGAUCUAUUCCCGACCACCCCCGACGACGUAUGCGAGGAGUGCAGCACCUUGGACAUCUGGGUCCAUGUUCAUGACCAGUGGGACAGCUGUUGUUCUGGGCGACCCAAGUUUUCCAGCCAUGUUACUGAAGAUAUUCCGGGGCGUUGAGGUCGAAGUCCUGCUGGUGUUGCCGGCGGGUCGCUCCAUCGGCGACAUCCCGGCCUACGAGCGCGUCGGGGCUGGGAGAAUACCACGAAACCGUGUAGCGCCGGAGGAGGAGGCCGUGCCUGGGAAACUGGUCUAAAGGAAGCUUCUGACGAGCCCCUCGCGGCCCAAAAGCAUCCAUCGUGCGCGUCUCGCCACUGCCGGCUCCCUGCCAGUCCAGCUGGUUAACACACCCGCCCACACGGCAUGUCUCACUGGCGCUGGUAUCACCAACCUCCGCAUCGGCCAAGGCGUCACCGUAGUCUUUAAGCUCUAUCAGGUAAUUACACAGAUAUUGUCACAAAAAAGGCAUCAUCCGGGGCAGACCGGGGCUUGGCAAGGGACCUUCUUCGCUGAGAAGUCGCGCACGCAAUGGAGGAAAUGAUUGUAUACUGUGGAUAGGCUUCGAUCUCGAGAUAUAAGAAGCAAACAAACAAACAGUACUGGUAAAGGAGGUCAUAUUCAUCAUCAUCUAUCAG